GAGGAAGAAAAGGGGGAGGAGGAAGAAAAGGAGGAAGAGGAAGAAAGGGAGGAAGAGGAGGAGGAGGAGGAGAAGAAGAAAAAGGAGAAGAAGGAGGAGAAGAAGGCCCGGGAAGGCCGUGCUGUCCAUGCAGAGCGCAGCAGCCGGAGAGAGGCACGAGCCAAGGACAGGACACCAGGGAACAAACCUGGCAGAGCUCCCAGGACCCCCAGGGACCCUGAGCAGCAGCCUCAGAAGAAACAGGACCGGGAGAGGAAGGAGAGGAAGGAGAGGAAGGAGAGGAAGGAGGGCCGGCGGGAGCGGGAGGAGCCCAGGAGGGAGGGGGGGAAGGGCCGUCCUGGCAGGGCCAACGGCGGCCGGGAGAGCCCCAAGAGGGACUGGAAGCAGCAGAAGGGCAGGAAACCCUGGGAAUCAGCUCUGGGCAAGGAUGGCAGGGCCAGGGAGGGCAAGAGGCGCGACUGAGGCCGGGGCGGCCAAGGGGCUCC